UGGCUGCCUUCUCUCGCGCUGCAGGCGCCAAGGCGCAGCGCCUCUAGGGGCGCAGCCGGAGCCGCACUCCGAGGGCACCGCGCACGCCCCCGGCUCCUGCUGCCCUGCACCUCUGUGCGGACCCUGUCCCCGAGAAGCUGCCAGCCUUGCAAGGGGCCUUGGGAAGGCCCUAGGCCGGAAAAAGAGGCUUCGGGAAGAGGGACGUGGGUGGGAGGUGGGCAGGCGACUUGCUUCUCAGAUUCGUUCCAAUUAGCACCAAGUUGGCAGACAAGCGCAUAAACCCACGAAGCCUUUGGUUUCCCACAAGUCACAUUCUCAGUAUUUCAAAAUAGUCUGAUCGCAAGGAAACUUCAACUCCCGUCGUAGGUCAAAGAGGGACACACUCUCAGCACCACUGCCUCGCAGUAGCGCGACGGAGGACAGACCCGGGUGAUCCUCAACUGCAGAGCCCAACCCGAAGUCCGCAUCUCUCCGAGGCCGGCGGGGACAAGCUGGGUCUGCCCUGCAGAGCCCCCUGCGGGAGCGGCCGGACAGCGCGCAGAGAAGCGGAUUAUUGUGGGACUGCACAAACGGCGGCCCAUCAGAGUAGUUGUGCCAGGAACACCACCGCCUGCAUUGCGUCGGACCUGACCAUUUCCGAUGUGAAAUUCCCGGAAAGGUCGCGGCAGAGGACCGUGCGUGUGCGGGGCUGUGGACCACAGGGAAGGAGAACUGGCGGUCGGCUUUUCUGGCAGGAGAAGGAAAAAGCCGUGUUGGCAAGGGGGGGAACUGAAUGACAGGCCCCCUCUGCCAAGCCACCCCCUCCUAUUUUCCAUCUACCUCCUCGCUCCCGCCCUCCCCCGCCCUCCCCAACCCACGCCCGGGUGGGCCAAUCGCUGCUCCGCAUUCCGGGCGCUUUCUCAGGUUUCUGCUGAUCUUGCAGCGCCCAGAAAUGGACCGAGCGGACCCGAGCCGCACGCACCCUGCCCCACUCGGAGCUCCGAACGGCUCCCGGCGCGCCGUGUAGCCUCACCGAGGUCCGCGCGGGGUGCGGGAAGCCGAGGGGACCUGCGAGGCACGGAGAUCCAGGCCCUUGCUCGCUCGCCUCCUUCGGGAUCGAAUCAAGGGCUCCCACGGUGUUGGGAGGGGGCGAGAGCGCUCCGCAUCGUCAUUCGCUUCAGAGCUCGGGAGAGGGUGGCAUUUCGCUUUUCCGCCCCACAGCCUCCGGAAUUGCCCGCACCCGAGAGCGAGAGCGGCGUCUCCAGGUUGCCGGCCACGGGCGAGAAUGGGGGUCGGGAACGGACAUUUCCGCCGUCGCUGCCCAGUUAGGCGAGUGGCCAACUGAAGGAAAGCAGGACGAGGUGCGAGGGCGGCGCGGUGGCCCCGGCGCCCCUCGGAUGCCGUGGCGGCCGCGGCUCGCGCCCGGGUACCGCAAAGGCGACCUGCCGCAUUCCCGCUCGGGCUCUCCGCCGACUCAGCACCGCCCCUGCGCCAAGUCGGCUGGCCAGCGUCCAUCGAUUGCCCCGGUGGGAGCUUAGAAGGCGGCAGGCGAAGAGGGCUAGCAGGGGGGAGAGCCGAGGAGAAGCAGAGGGGGUGGCAGGCGAGGGCAUCUGCCGAGCUGGCUCUGCCCCGGGUCCUAGGAGGGCUCGCGGAGGGGAAGGGAGGCCAGGGCGGCCCCCAAGCGGUGGCCCGGGCCGCUAGAACGGCGCUGCGUUAAGGCACCUCGGAGCAGGAAGAAACACCAACCCUCCUCCCAUCGCCACCCCCAGUCCCCCCACCCCCACCCCAGUCCCCACCCCGCCCCGGAGAAAAGCUGCACCCGGGGCGGCAGGCGAGGGGGACUCCAAACUGAGAAACAGGCGGGGGGGUGGAGACGGUCUCCAAGUGGCAGAUCCCUCCACCUGCUGGCUCGGAAGCCCCGCCCCCUGAGCUCGGGGGAGCCGCGCACGCAGGUGGGGGGGGCGCGCGGGUCCCCCCCCACCCCGCCUCCCUCGCCCAUCCCCGCCCCGGGCCCGCCCCGGGUCUCCCGCUGCCGCCGCCGCCGCCGCCGCCCCCUGCCUCCACCAUGACGGUGAUGUCGGGAGAGAACGUGGACGAGGCUUCGGCCGCCCCGGGCCACCCCCAGGACGGCAGCUACCCGCGGCCGGCCGAGCACGACGACCACGAGUGCUGCGAGCGCGUGGUCAUCAACAUCUCCGGGCUGCGCUUCGAGACGCAGCUCAAGACGCUGGCGCAGUUCCCCAACACGCUGCUGGGCAACCCUAAGAAACGCAUGCGCUACUUCGACCCGCUGAGGAACGAGUACUUCUUCGACCGCAACCGGCCCAGCUUCGACGCCAUCCUCUACUACUACCAGUCGGGGGGCCGGCUGCGGAGGCCGGUCAACGUGCCGCUGGACAUGUUCUCCGAAGAGAUCAAGUUUUACGAGCUGGGCGAGGAGGCCAUGGAGAAGUUCCGGGAGGACGAGGGCUUCAUCAAGGAAGAGGAGCGCCCCCUGCCCGACAAGGAGUACCAGCGCCAGGUGUGGCUGCUCUUCGAGUACCCCGAGAGCUCGGGGCCCGCCCGGGUCAUCGCCAUCGUCUCCGUCAUGGUCAUCCUCAUCUCCAUCGUCAUCUUUUGUCUGGAGACGCUGCCCGAGUUGAAGGAUGACAAGGACUUCACGGGCACCGUCCACCGCCUCGACAACACCACGGUGGUCUACAGCGUCAACAUCUUCACGGACCCCUUCUUCAUCGUGGAAACCCUGUGCAUCAUCUGGUUCUCCUUCGAGCUGGUGGUGCGCUUCUUCGCCUGCCCCAGCAAGACGGACUUCUUCAAAAACAUCAUGAACUUCAUCGACAUCGUGGCCAUCAUCCCCUACUUCAUCACCCUGGGCACCGAGAUAGCUGAGCAGGAGGGGAACCAGAAGGGCGAGCAGGCCACGUCGCUGGCCAUCCUCAGGGUCAUCCGGUUGGUAAGGGUUUUUAGAAUCUUCAAACUCUCCCGCCACUCUAAGGGCCUCCAGAUCCUGGGCCAGACCCUCAAAGCCAGUAUGAGAGAGCUAGGGCUGCUUAUCUUUUUCCUUUUCAUCGGGGUCAUACUGUUUUCUAGCGCAGUGUACUUUGCCGAGGCGGAAGAAGCUGAGUCGCACUUUUCCAGUAUCCCCGACGCUUUCUGGUGGGCGGUGGUGUCCAUGACCACCGUGGGAUACGGUGACAUGUACCCUGUGACAAUUGGAGGCAAGAUCGUGGGCUCCUUGUGUGCCAUCGCCGGUGUGCUGACAAUUGCCCUGCCCGUACCUGUCAUUGUGUCCAAUUUCAACUAUUUCUACCACCGAGAAACCGAGGGGGAAGAGCAGGCUCAGUUGCUCCACGUCAGCGCCCCUAAUUUAGCCUCUGACAGUGACCUCAGUCGGCGCAGCUCCUCCACCAUCAGCAAAUCUGAGUACAUGGAGAUCGAAGAGGAUAUGAAUAAUAGCAUAGCCCACUUUAGACAGGCCAAUGUCAGAACUGGUAAUUGCACCGCAGCUGACCAAAACUGCGUUAAUAAGAGCAAGCUACUGACUGAUGUUUAAAAAGCCAAAAGCAAAGAAACUAAAAAGCCCCCACUUAGCAGCUUGAAAGACUUAAAACACCAAACCAAACCAAACCCCCAGUGACCCAGGUCACUCGUUGUAGAUACUUCACUAAAUAGUCUUUGAAUGCUCUCUCGAACUGUCAAUGCAUUGUUGCAUUGCCAAUGUUGGGGGGUGGCAAACCCGAAGCCUUCAGGAGCCAUGAAAAGAGAAACUAUUUUCAUUGUAUUAAAAAAUGGGAAAAGAGAGUGUAUUUUCUAAAACUGGUUUAAAAUCACUCAGUCCAUGAACUUGUCUAGGUAAAAUAAGGUUCACAUGCUUCCCCAUUUUUAAUCCGUGGUGGCUUCUUUAAAUUUUUUUUUUUCCUUUAGCUAAGAAUCAGAUGAUCGCUUAGAAAUAUAAAAUUAAAAUUUGCAUGGGACUCCGAUAUGAAAUCCUGGCAAACUGCACAGCGCAUUUUAAGAUGGUGCAUCAGACGUAUUACGCGUAACAUGAUACACCAGCCGAAACGGGCAACGAACAGAUGUUUUUACUUUGAUCAACCGAACUGCAUAUUCCAAGGUGAAAAAAAAAAAUUACUUAAGACUGGUUCACCAAGCACCUUAGAAAUCUGAUACUGGGCCUGGUCUGUAGGGAUUCUUCCCUCUGCCCCCUUUCCUUCUGAUUCAAACUCUUCUCUAAGAAAAAAUGAUCACUGAAUGCAAUUCAUUGAUCCAUCUGCAGUGCUGCUACGAUUCUCAACUGCAGAUGCGCCCAAUGGGUCUUUUCUCACCAGUCCUGCACCCUGAACCCCGGCCUCCAGAACUGGAUGUAAAACCUUCGCCUCCUUAUUGCAACAGAGCACAAAUGAAACUAAGUGUAAGCAUGUUUGAGUCUGAUCAUCAUUUCUUUUACAAUCGCAUGCCGAGAACGUUAACGCAGACAAUAGAGGGUAAGCUUACUUUGGAAUCGAUUCUUCUAAAAAUAGAUCCUUCUUCAUUUGCGUUCACCAAAAGUGCACUCCUUCAUUUACGAACUAUUUUUAUUAGUAAAUAAAGUACUGUAUUUAAGUACCUAUGUUAGUCAGCUGGGAACAGUAACUUUUUGGAGCUCGAAGCAUGUUCUCUUAUUCAGCAUUAUGGCCGACUUGAUUAAGGUGUACCUUGAAUUAAUUAGUGCAUGAUUAAUUUAAUGUAAAAACGUUAAAAAAUAAUAAAAAUUAUAAGUUUGUGGGAUGAAGGGCCCAAAAGAAACAAUGAGGGGGGGUAGGAUGAGGGGGGGCACUCAGUCAAUCUUCCUGCCUUUGCUCAGGGAAAUGUCAGGUUUCUGUGCAGAUGUAGGCAGAGAGAGGACCAACAUGCCCAUCCCUUAAAGCGAAGCUCUGUGGAAAACUUAAGUUAUCAAGGUACAUAGAGCAACACCUAAGAACACGUAUUCUUUCUAGCUGAAGAGAAACACAAGCAAAACAAACAAACAAACAAACAAAGGUGCAAUACUGCAUGCUUUUUGGUGCAUUCUUAAGAUGUAAAGGAAAAUGUUUCUCCAUCGUAUGCGCCCAGAGCAGAGCUGAUUUCUUUUUUGCAGUCAUGAUUUGAAGUCUGCAGAGACUUCGGCCCUCCCCCUGAGGCUCCCUGAAGAAACGCAACCAAUUGAUUUAAUAGUUGCUUAGUGCCUUUAUCCUGUACCCACAGCGAACUGCAGAAGGCGUCUCCAUUAGCACAGCUGAGAAGUUAUGUAACACAAGGGAGGGAGGCUGGGGCACAGAUAUUUCGCUUUUCCUUUUUCCACCCUCGCUCUCUCACUUCGCACUGCGGGGACGCCACGCCAUCCUGCGCCCCAGGCAGGAGAGACCCGGGAGGGUGCUCUCUGGCCAUCCGCUGGACUCGGUCCCUUUGGCAGCCAGACGUGGGAUGGAAACUGGGGCCCGAGACCCAUCUUUGAACUUGACACGAACCUCGAACUUGUCUUUUCCUCUUUUCUACCAGAAGCCAAUAUAAAACUCUUGGGGAAUUUGUUUCCUAUCAGGGGUCACUCUGGACAAGCAAGGCUUCCUCGGGUCCAGCCUCACGGUCCUAGCGAAGUUCCAUCCUCCCCCUCUGCCUGCAGAAGCAUGUUGCCACUCUGACAGUCUGAUCUUUGCAGGCAUCGUUGUGGAUGUGGGAAUAGUCGGUUCAGAGUAAGCUCUCCCGGGCCUUCCCUCCCGGCCCACCCCUUCAGCUAGUUCCUAGGAUGCUCCUAUGAGAGUCCCAUCCUGGCAGUCACCUCGCAGGCUGAACAUCUAACUUCUGUCGCCCCUGGCACCCAGUCCAGAGAAUGGCGGGGACCCUGUGCUUACCAGAAAGAGAGCCACAUCACCUGGGCCUCUGGAGGCCAGCAGCCGCCCACCGACGGGGAGGCACUCAUAGCUUUUUGAAGGACCCAAGGUGGGGAUCCUCAUUCUGCACUUAGCACGUGGCUGCCAGCUGCUCACCGUCUUUCAUUCCUGCGCUGCUGCUUCUGGAAAUCUUCCCCGUGACUCCGCCCCACCUCCCAUCCUAGCCUAGAACGAGCAGUGAGGCAGUAAACCUAGACACUAGAGUUACACCCAGGCUGGCUGACUCCUUUGAAAGAAAGAACGUGGAAGUUUUAUUUUCCUGUGCGGCUUCUGUGAAUCUGUAAGGCAGACGUGACACACACCAAGGAAGACAGGGGCCAAGGACGGUACGGUGUCCGACCGCAGGGCAUUCAGUCCUCCCUGUGAUGUCUCCUGGAACCUUGACUUAUCCUGGCUUUUCCUCUCCUACCUGCUCCUUAGUCUCCCGUUGGGAAAGAAAACGCCAACCUCGCCCACAUCUCCGGGGAUUGCCUUGAUCUUUUAUUUAGACUUUGAGGUCUAGGACACCCCGAACCUGAAGCGCUACCCUCUGUCAACAGCAAUAAUCUGCUCGGUACUGUGGGAUCGGAUGGGUCAGAGGAUGAGAAAACAGGACCAGAACUGAAAAGCCUCACUUUGGCUACCGGGUACACCUGUCACAGCCAUACGUGGCACUGGCUGGAAACUUGUGCAUGUGUUGUUACGGGGAACAGUGCUGCAUGCAGGGAACCUGUCUGCCUGGGACGGAAGGAGCUGCUGUCAUGAAGUUGGGUGGUCUGGGGAAAAUGGAGGUCACUUAUGCACCUGGAGCUCAUCAAAACCAAGUGAGUUAGAGGGGAGGACGGGAAUUAUCUGUGUAGCAUAGGCAUGCAGAGUUUGCCAAAGCUCUUUCCCCUUGCACAGGACUGAGCUGAAAUGUUUUUGUGGACCUGAAGGUGCACUUAACAAAACUGCCUAUUGCGGAAUGAUGAUCUUUUUGGUUUAUUUCCUUGUAUUUAUUUUAUUGGGCUUUUUACCUUCCCGUCCCCUUCCUAGGUCUUGAGCUUUCAUGGCUCUUGUCUUGAAUACUGAUUUUCUCCAGAAGGAGAAGACUUCUGACGUGCCGAUAGCCAUAGCUCAGCUCUUCUGGUGAAUUGAGGCCCUAGUUCCAUAGGGUGGCAGUGGAGGGGCUGGGUCACCCCGGGGCUGUUAGCCAUCCCAGAAUCUCUGAAGUGGUUAACUCAGCUCGAGUGAUCUGAAUUAGAGAGACCAAAGACAUUCAUUUCCUUUGUCCUCAGAUUCAAAGAAGACAGGUCCUAGCCAAGAAAGGCAUUUGUUUUUGCAUCUCCUUUUCCCCAUCUGUGCCCAGUCUUCUCUCCCUACCCCCUGGAGAACUGAGUUCUAAUGAUCAGUUAACACAGUUCUUCGGGAGCGUGUUAGCGAGUUAGCCUAGCAGAAUCAAAUACACCGAGAGCGGAGUCUUCUCCUGGAAUGUGGCUGCCGCACAGCGGUCAUUUCUCUAAAAUGAAAUCGUGUGGUUGGCUUAGGUUCCCCUAGGGAGGCUGGACUCACUUGAGAAUAAAGAAAAGAGAAUACACGUAAAUGGUGAGUGAGGAAUAGAUUUCUUGAAGUAGAAAUUUGGUUUAGUCCGUCAAGGGCCUUCUUCACGUUGUGCAUAGCUACAGAUUUUUCAAAGGAGUUAACCUCUGAAGAGCCAGUAGGAAUAGAUUCCGAACCCUCCCAUUUAAUAUAGGAGACCUCAAAACACAUGCUUUUUAAAAAUUGAGUUCCUCGUUUGGUAGAUGAGAUUGAACAAAAUGAGAAAGAGAAGAAUCCCCAACUUUUUUCCCCCGGGAACGGCUCACUCCUGGCAGUGGGGAGAAUUGGUGAGGGAUAACCAUCUAGAGUGCAAACUCGUUAGGACAUCAACUGCUCAAUAGCCAUUUUAUCUUCCCGCUUUUUCAAGAAAGGCUGAAGUCUUUUGAUGUUUAUGUUCAUUUUCAGAAGACACACACAAAUUUUUAAACCCAACACAACCCAAGUUAAUCACCAUCUCAGGAGGUGGCCUCUGGUCCACCAUGCGGUGUACUAGUGCUUGUAUUUAUACAUGGAAUUUCAGGGUAUACACAACCAUGUCCAGCAUGACUCAGGUAAACCUUAGAAGAAUGUACGUUACUUAUCAUUUUUGUAAAGACACGAACAGCAGCUGAGUUGUUAACCACAACUGUUCCAUUACCUUGGGUCACUGUGCGAACUCGUUCAGGGUAUAGACGUAAAGUUUGGAAGUCAGGGGAUCAAAUGCCAGUCUCUUUGCUCAGGCAAAACGACCCUGGGCUUUCUCGGGAAGCCCAGGCCUAUGUGAAGGGGAGGCUCUGCUGCCCUCAAGACUCUUAGCUUUAAGGAGAUUUGCCGGAGUUGCAGUGAUCUUCAUUUAGGGACUGAGUAGGAGUUAAUUUUUUAUGACGUGAGACUUCAAGGAGGAGAGAAAAGUUUUGUACCACAAUCAGAGAAGGAGAAAUAGUGUAAGGAAAGAAAGGAAAACGAAACACCAAAUCCCUAGUGAGGUAUUCCAGGUCAAAGCUGUCUCCUUUCCAACACCAACAGACAUACCUUUCUUCUCUUUCCUGCACUGUUUAGGAGCCAUUUUUUCAGUAGCUGUAGGUAGAAAGCAUGGGCUGUAUAUGACAUACCUCUAAUCUUAAAGAUAAAGUCUUACCAAGGUUAAAAAUCCCAAUGGAAUAGUCUUAAUUUGAAGUGCACCAUCAGGACAACAAACCAUUUAAGCUGAAAAAGCACUAUUUCAGUUCUUGAGUUUGCCAGUUGCUGACACCUUGAGUUAAGGACGUGUCUCAUUUUCACCUACUGUGCAUUUCCCCUGCCCUAACCGUUUCAUAGGUCGGGUAGAGGACACUGAAUGUUACGAAUUGAGAACCUAACUGAAGCGCAUAGUUUCCAUCUAUGCAAUUUUACUUGCUUCUGUCACUUUAUGAUCUGUUCAUAUUUGGCAUCGAUUAAAGAUAAUUUUUAAGGAUCUUA